CUCGGAAGGAAAGUUGUUGGGGGGAGGGGGGGUUCUGCUGGCUUGAGCCAUGGCUGUUUCUCCUUACGUGAAGAACAUGCAGGAGCAGUUCCGGGCUAACACACGGAGCCGCGAAUUCCCCGCGCACGGGGCCAAGGUCCACUCGGUGGCCUGGAGCUGCUGUGGCCACCGUCUGGCCUCCGGCUCUUUCGACAAGACCGCCAGCGUCUUCGUGCUGGAUAAAGACCGGCUGGUCAAGGAAAACAAUUACCGUGGCCAUGGAGAUAGUGUGGAUCAGUUGUGUUGGCAUCCUAGUAUCCCAGAUCUAUUUGUCACAGCAUCUGGUGAUAAAACCAUUCGUAUAUGGGACGUUCGAACCACUAAGUGCAUUGUCAUGGUGAAUACAAAAGGUGAAAACAUUAACAUCUGCUGGAGCCCUGAUGGUCAGACUAUUGCAGUAGGGAAUAAAGACGAUGUUGUCACAUUCAUUGAUGCUAAGACAUAUCGGUCCAAAGCUGAAGAACAAUUCAAGUUUGAAGUGAAUGAGAUAUCUUGGAACAAUGACAACAACAUGUUUUUCCUCACCAAUGGCAACGGUUGCAUCAACAUCCUCAGCUACCCAGAGCUGAAACCCAUUCAGUCAAUUAAUGCCCACCCCUCAAAUUGCAUUUGUAUCAAGUUUGAUCCAACGGGCAAGUAUUUUGCUACAGGAAGUGCUGAUGCAUUGGUUAGCCUCUGGGAUGUGGAUGAGCUGGUAUGUGUACGAUGCUUCUCUAGACUUGAUUGGCCUGUCAGGACGUUGAGCUUUAGCCAUGAUGGCAAGAUGUUGGCUUCAGCCUCUGAAGAUCACUUCAUUGAUAUCGCUGAAGUAGAAACUGGGGAAAAGCUCUGGGAAGUACAAUGUGAGUCCCCAACUUUCACAGUCGCUUGGCAUCCAAAAUGUGCGCUAUUAGCCUACGCCUGUGAUGAUAAAGAUGGCAAAUAUGAUAGCAGUAGAGAAGCGGGCACUGUAAAGCUCUUUGGUGUUCCCUAUGACCCUUAAGAGAAAGCUGCUAGAGACUUUAUUUAUGACCUAGGAUUAUAAGCCAGUGUAGAACAUUCAGAAGACACUCAACUCCUCUCUGGAUUUGUUUUUCUUUGUGGAAGAGAAUAAUGCCAUGAAUUUUAAUUCCCUUGUCUGGGAAUUAGGUUUUAAAGAAGUUUUUAUGCAUUGUUAACUGUCCUAGAAGACAGAGAAGCUGAAAUGAUCUGGACUUCUUUGGAAGGCAUGGCUUAUUUAAUAUUUUGAUUGCAGAAUUACAGGGGAGCUAUCAAUAUUUUAGCUUCCAAUGCGUUUGUGUUCUCCAUUAUAACAGUCUCUGUCCUCUGUUUAAUUGAGAGCGUCAGAGGCAAAAAUUGCUGCAAACACGGAUUAUGCAUCACUGUCAUUUUUCUGUGUCUUCUUUUGAGAAUAGAAAUUCUGGUUAAAAAUUAUGCUGGUUUCUUCUAGCCAUGUUUGAAAUUUUCUUUUUCAUAGUUAACUUUUGAGAAAAUGUAUAUAACUAUAUGUCCAAUUCUUUUUGUACUUUAGGAUAAUAAAAGGAAUAAGGCUGGAAAAUGAUAUUAAUUUUUGUAUGAUCCUGUAUUUGUAACUUGGAUAAAGAUGUUUGCUAAAAUAUUGUGUAUUAUGGUUUAAAAGGCAAUUUACUGAACUUCCAGAAAACUAUUCAUAUAGUCUUGGACUAUUGAUUCUCUCAUCUUAUCUUCUGUGGAAUAUUACAGCAGCAUUCAAAGAGGCAAAGAAAGAUGGACCUAGAGCAGCCUUCGUGUGACGGCGACCCCUGGGGGAAAAAUGGCAGAUCGCAAAUGGCAGAUCGCGUUGUUUCGCGACCCCCGUAAAAUGGUCGAUCGACCCCAAAUGGGGUCGCGACCCAUAGGUUGAGAACCGCUGACCUAGAGGAUGUUGUUACCUUAAUUGAAAGCUUUCUGCAUUGGUUACCAGUUUGAUUCCAGGUCCCGUUCAGGGUGAUCGAUGGAGUCAUUUUGCAAACAUCUUUGUGCACAGCUGUGCAUGCUUUAAAUCUCAUAGGUAUUUGGAUUGAUUUGUUAUGACAAAGUGAAAAUAUUGUUCAAUGUAUAAAUAAUCAGCAUAAGCAUGAGGGUUUGGGGGGGGGGGAUUCUGUAUAAAAAGCAUGCAAAUAACCAAGGGACUCUUUUUAACUUACAAAGGCAGGAUUUUGUGUUGUUCCCUUUUCAUGUUGCAGGUUUCCCUGAUCUAUUAAGAUUAGCCAUUCUAAUUGGGCCCUUGAACCUCAUCAAAAUCCAACAUGCUGCUGCAUGCAUACAGAAAUUACACAAUGUGUCAGGGCCCACUUCCAAACCUCAUCCUAAGAAAGCAGAACUCAUGGAAACAGGAUUCUUCCAAAAGGAAUUUUUAUUAGGAAAAGCUGAUAGUAGGCUUGCUAGAUAGGAUCUGAGGUUUUCCGGGCGCAGAUCAAUAGGUUAAAGUGUCCCCAAGCAAACCCCACCCCAUAAUUCAUCCGAAUGGUUCAAGUCGGCCAUUCCCCAGGUGUGAAGUCCAUCGUGAGAAGGGGGAGAUAACAUCAGGCCGGCUCUAGUUGUAAUAGCGAUGUUUAGGGGCUUGUAAUAGCGAUGUUUAGGGGCGACUUGGCACCUUCUUCUGAGAGCUAAGAGAUAAGCCAGUUCCCGGAGGUUGCAUUCCUUUCUUCCUCCCCCCUUUAGUUAGUUGACAGUUUAGGGAGAGAAAGUAUAGAGAGAAGAUUGCAGGAAAGCAAAGUGUUACAAUGUAGUGAUAGAGGAAGCUUAGGCAAUAAACCCUGUGAUCACCCCCCCCUCCCCUCCAGGAGUAUAGCAGAACCCAAGGAGAGAAGAGAAUGGAUUUUGGGUCAGGGAAACAAAAGAGAGAAAGAUAGGUAUGGGUUCUGACAUCAUGAAUAUAUUGUAAACAUCUUAGGGUCAUAAACUUUCUUUUGUAGCAUUAAACUAAACUGGGUUUUUUUAAAUGAAGAGCAAUAUAGUUAGAUGCGGUACCUAUCCCUACGUGGGAUAGGUGAGCAAGCAUGAAUUGAGCUAAAUACUGAAAGAGAAGCCCACCAAUUUAAAUUGGGAUCUUUCCAUUUCAUACUUUCUUUCACAAAUGGAUUUCUAAGCAUAUUUCUUCUAUUGGCCUUCUGUCUGCCUGAGGGGAAUUAGUUAUUACUGCCAUUGGAGGGCAGUGUAAUGCUUAAGUUGGAGUGUGGAAUAAAAUAACAAUUUGGUUGUUUUUCUUCUAA